CACGUUAAAGCAUUGCGACAAAGUAGACAACACAUUGCAGUGUGGAUGAAAAUGACCACAGCACUAAUAAAGUCUAUCAGUAUAUUAACGAAACCUACUCAAGAGGCUCAGCUGAGCGAUGGUCAUAGCACACAAACAGCACUUGUGUCGGCUCUCCAGAGGAACCUGUCAGAGCUCCAGGAGCACAUGUCUGGGGGUGAAGAGCUGGAGGAAGCCCGACAACUUCUGGAGGAGGUCAAAAGAGAGAUCACAUGGGUGUGCAAUGAUACAGAUGACCUAACCUGGAGCUUUGUCCAGGAAUGUCUUCUCUUAUUGCUCUGCCUGGCACGUCACCUCAGCCGCCUCCUGGAAGCCUUUCAUCAGAAUCCUACUGCACCAAAUCCUGCGACCCCUGAAGCAGCUCCACCGCUUCCUCCAGAUGUUCUCAGUGUGGCCCAGCAAAAGACACUGGGCACUGUGCUGCAGUUUGUGGUCACACUGGGUCUGUGUCCAUAUUUAGCUCCUGGGGUAGGAGUGGCUCUGGGGCUGCGCUCAGCUUUCGGGGCAGCAGUGGAGGGGGCAGUCCGACACGAUGUGGCACCUGAAGGGGAACGGCGUUUACUUAUCACCACUAAUGUGCUGCUGGAGGUGUCUGCACUGUCAUCCCUAGCAACACCUGUGUUUACACGCCAUUUGGGUGACAUCAUGGCAGCUCUGUGUCAGUUAGCAUAUCGACCCAAGCGCCCUGAAGGAGAUGGUACAAACAGCAAUAAGGGGUUGACGGUAGAGGAGCGCAAGUCCUGCAAAGAAGCAAUCCACAAUCUUCUUCGGAUAGUGUAUCAGCCAAUCGUCAUCAAAGAGCUGCUUGUAUUGCAAGGGGGUUCUAAACAGGCAUCAUCAGGUUCCAGAGGUGGAGGCAAGGCUCUAACCCAAGCUCCCACGUGGCUGAGGCGACUGUGUGGACAGUUGCUGUCUGACCGGUUAAUGCAGCCACAAGGCGUCCAGGCAGUGGUGAGGGCCAUCCUAGAGGGGCCCGGAGGUGGCAACUCUGACUGGAGGAAAUGUGAUGCUGUGGCCAAGAUACUUGCCGCCUGUCCUCAGCAGUCUCUCUCUGCUGAGAGUUAUUACAGUCAAGUGUGUCCACAGGUUCUGGAGCUUCUGCAUUUCAAAGACAAGCUGACUGCACAGCAGUUCCAGAGAGUGGCCACCAGGGCAGCACUCAUCAUGGUCCAAGAUCGGCCUGAGUUUGCACAGCGAUUCCUGUUCUUUCCUCUUCUCUCCCCCCUUCAUCACUCUGCUGAGGGAACUGGAGAUGACCUAUCCCAGGAUGGAGUGCAGGAGUGGGAGCUGACUCGCUGUAUUGAGGAUGUAUAUAAAAUUUGUGUGGUGGGUAACAGUCCAUCAGAAGUGCUGCUGAAAGCUCUAGCA